AUGGCGACGACCUUGACUGACCAGAAACGCCCUCAAUUACAGCCCGUGUGCCAGAAUUGUGGUACUUCCACCACGCCCUUGUGGCGCCGGGAUGAACUCGGUUCGGUCCUCUGCAACGCCUGUGGCUUAUUCCUGAAGCUCCACGGAAGACCCCGUCCGAUAAGCUUGAAAACUGAUGUGAUCAAAAGUCGCAAUAGGGUCAAGACCGCGGGUCAGGGCCCUAAGCGUAAGUCCAGCAGUGCCGUUGAUGCAAAUGGACUCUCCACGUCCAGAUCAGAGGCCGGUACUCCCCCACUUGGAUCUCAUGGAUAUCGUCGCGCGUCGCGGAAGAUGUCACCUGGCCAUUCGGAUCGUUCCAACUCACCAGUCUCCCGAACAGAAACGCCUGGUCUUCCGCCGAUGCAGCAACAGCUCCCGCCGCAGCACAACUCCAACAUCGCGCCGCAGCACAUGUUCGACAGUGUUACCCUGGGAGAUCACGGUCUGACGAAUGGGCUGUCAUCUGGGCAACUUCGCCAGCAGUCCCCCACCUCGACCUCUGCAGCCGUGGACCGCCUGAACGAGUCUCCGCAGACAAUCGAGGGGCUCUUGGCCGCGAACACAUCGUUGAAGACCCGCGUGCGAGAACUGGAGUUUGUCAAUGACCUUUUUAGGGGCCGAGUAACGGAACUCGAACAGAGCGAUGCUGCCGCGCGCCGGUCCGAGAUGAUCGCUCGCGACUCGGAAUCGCGCCUUAAACGAGCCCUCGAGGAAGCGCAACGGCGCGAAGAAGACCUUAAGCGUCGGGUGUCUGAACUGGAACGUCACGUCGGGGAAGCCAGUAAUGGCAACCCUGAAGGAGAUGAAAGCCCUGGUGAGCCCAUGGCGAAACGAAUGAGGCUGUCUGAUGUGGUAGAUCAACCCUCCACUUCUCCUACCAAAUCGCCAAAGAGCGUCUAA